AGGAAGAAGUAAACGAGUUGGUGCCCACUACGCGUUCUAUUAUCUGCCUUUCCUUGGUUGCAUUUAUUUUUCUUUAAUCGAGUUUAUAUAGCAAUUAAUGUGAUUGGAAUCUCAAUGCUUUAGCUGUAAGACGAGAACACUCCAUGGUCGAUCGUCUCUCCUUCCAAGGAUCAUUAUAAAGCAGUAAUAAUAAUCAUCCGAGUGUCUGAUGAUUGGUUGUGUGGCAUCGAUAGUUUGCAGUCGAACGCUUCCUCUCAAUCCAUCUUGAAGGAAAAGGCGAAGCACUUCGUCAGCUUAGCAGUAGAACAGACUAUAGUUGGAAGGAGGAGAUGGCGAAGGUGUUUAGGAGCCUCAACCGUGUGAAUACUCGAGACUGUAGCGUUGGAUUGCUUGCAGCGUUCAUUUUGGUCUCGCUAAUGUAUGUGACGAUGUCGAGGACUAACACUAUGCGCGUCUCUAUGGCAAGGUCUCAGCUUCCACCGGUGUUGAAGGUUAAUGCCUCCAUGACAUCCGGUGAUUCCAUUAGACAAGAAGCCAGUGCCAAGGCAGCAGAGAUUGGGAAGAGUUCACCUGUCGUUCACGUCGAGAUUCCAGUAAAAGGAAGCCCCGAUGAAUCAGGCGGAACGAAGGCCGAGAAGAAGCCAAUGUGCGAUCGUUCAAAUAGUAAAUCGGAUAUCUGUGAAGCAGACGGCGAUGUCAGAAUCAUCGGCAAGGACACCAGGAUGGUGUUCGUCGCUCCACCUCAAUCAAACGAUAACGGAGAAGGUGAAUCAUGGACGAUCAAACCUUACGCCCGUAAAUGGGCAGCAGAUUCCGGUGCUCGUGUUCGGGAGGUGACCUUGAAAUCGGUCCAUGGUUACGGAGAAGACACGCGCUGCUCCGUCAACCACACCGUCCCUGCGCUGGUUUUUGCGAUCGGUGGAUGGACGGGGAACUUCUUCCAUGACUUCGCCGACGUGCUCGUCCCUCUCUUCGAGACUGCCUACCCCUUCGGCGGGGAGGUCCAGUUUCUCAUCGCCAAUAUGAAUCCGCCAUGGAUGGACAAGUACCGACCGUUCUUCCAGAAGCUGUCGCAGUACGAGAUCAUCGAGUACGACAACGACGACGCAGUCCGUUGCUUCAAGCAUGUGACUCUUGGGCUGAGAUGCAGCAGCGUCGAGGACUUCCAGAUGGAGCCCUCCAAAUCUCCGCACGGGUACACCAUGUUCGACUUCGCCAAGUUCGCAAGAAGCGUGUUCUCCCUCGAGAGCGAGCACCCGUCGAGGGUCGGCGAGCAGAGCGACAAGAAGCCGAGGCUAAUGAUCAUAACCAGGGCCCGAACGAGAAGACUCGUGAACGCGGAGGAGAUCGUUCAGAUGGCAGCGGAGGUGGGAUACGAGGUUGUGAUCACCGAGGCGGAUCCGGACGUGUCCAAAUUCUCGCGCAUCGUGAACUCGUGCGACGUGCUGAUGGGUGUUCAUGGAUCGGCGCUGACGAAUAUGAUCUUCCUUCCUACCGAUGCAGUGGUGAUCCAAGUAGUGCCGUGGGGAAACAUGGACUGGGCUGCAGGGCAUCACUUCAGGGAUCCUUCGAAGCAGAUGAAGCUGAAGUACCUGGAAUACAGCAUCAAUGAGGAGGAAACCACGCUCUCGGAGCUGUACCCAAGGGAUCAUGCAGUGUUCAAGGACCCCUUGUCACUGCACCGGCAAGGAUGGGCUACGUACGCCAGGAUCUUCCUGAGAGAACAGAAUGUAAGGCUUAAUGUGACAAGGUUUAGGCCUUUCCUGGAACGUGCCCUUGGGCUUCUUCACCAAGAGCAGAGAGAAUGAGUUGGGUGAAAGCUCUGCUUCAUGUCCAUGGCCAACUUUUCGUAAUGAAGUAUUCUGUGAUAUAAAUAAUAGAAGAUAAGAACAAUAAUUGAAGAAG